AUAAAAGAAAGACGGACGACACCGCCGUGCGUCUUUUACUAAUUGAACGUCUUAUUUGACUGUAUUCCAUUGAAUUGUCCUCCAAACGUCCUUUAGGAAAAUUCAGUAGUCCAAGUUCCACCCCAGACGAGUGUUGGACUAGUAAAAAGUUUCAGUGAGUUUCCAAAUUUGUACCAGUAAAAUCAGCUAAAAAAAUGACCACCCACUGGAACUACCCCGACCCGGCCCUCCAGGAUGAGCUCCGUAAGAUCGCAAACGCCAUCGUGGCCCCUGGAAAAGGUAUUUUGGCCGCCGAUGAAUCUGUUUCCACCAUGGGCAAGAGGUUGUCUGAUAUUGGAGUAGAGAAUACAGAGGAAAACAGACGUAAAUACAGACAACUUUUAUUCACCACCUGUCCGACCAUCGGGGACUACAUCUCCGGAGUGAUUCUCUUCCACGAAACCCUUUACCAGAAAGCCGACGAUGGCACACCCUUCCCCGAACUACUAAAGCAAAGAGGAAUCAUUCCCGGAAUCAAAGUAGACACCGGCGUGGUGCCCUUGUUCGGCAGCAAUGACGAAUGCACCACUCAAGGCCUGGACGAUUUGGCUAAACGUUGCGCCCAGUAUAAAAAGGACGGAUGCCAUUUCGCUAAGUGGCGUUGCGUCCUUAAGAUUAACGAGCACACGCCCUCUUUUCAGUCUUUGAUUGAAAACGCUAACGUGCUGGCCCGUUACGCUUCUAUCUGUCAAGCUAAUAGGAUCGUACCCAUUGUGGAACCCGAAGUAUUACCCGAUGGCGCUCACGAUUUGGAGAGGGCACAGAAAGUUACUGAAACUGUUUUGGCCUUUGUGUACAAGGCUCUUGCUGACCACAAUGUCUUCUUGGAAGGUACCCUCUUGAAACCAAACAUGGUGACCGCAGGUCAAUCGCACGCCGUUAAGUUUUCACCGGAAGAUGUGGCCAAGGCUACAGUAACAGCACUACAACGUACUGUACCCGCGGCCGUUCCCGGAAUCACUUUCUUGUCCGGCGGACAGUCCGAAGAGGAGGCUAGCGUUAACCUGAACGCCAUCAACCAGUUUCCGGGCAAAAAGCCAUGGGCUUUGACCUUCAGCUACGGUCGUGCCCUUCAGGCUUCAGUACUCCGCGCGUGGGGAGGAAAAGACGACCAGGUCAAACAAGGACAAGAUGAACUCUUGAAACGUGCCAAGGCUAACAGCGAAUCCUCCCUGGGUAAAUACUCCGCUGGUUCAGUCCAAGGCAAAGCCGGAGAUGCGGGUCUCUUCGUCCAAAACCAUGCUUAUUAAACACCAUCCGCAUGUAAAAACUUGUUUUUAUCGAUAAUUCGCAAACCAGUCACAAAAUUGUCAGUGUUAGACUUGAUAGUUUAAAUUCUAGUCCUCAUGCUAAAUUUAGUACGUGAAAGUGCGUUAAAUUGUUUUAAUUUUUUUUUCUUUUUUGAGGAAAUCGAAUUUAUUACUUUGUACUGAUGAAUUCGGAGGCAAUAGAGCCUAUUGAAUCGGAUAUUUUAUCUCUACUUUAUGUUUUUUAUUGUAUACAAUUGAAAGGUUGAGUUUAUUAUGGUUUAUAUUUAGAGUCAUAUAAUAAUAUUAUAUUGUGAAAUAAAAUUAUGUGUUUUAAAA